AUGAAGAGAAAACUUUACAAAUUGUCAUUGUUUAAAGAAAUAGAUGAAUUUAAUCAAAAAGAUAGUGAUGGACAUUAGAGUGAUGAUUCUUCUACAUCUAAUGAAUUUUUGAAUACUACAUUUGAAGCAUAUGGUAAUAAAUUUGAUUAUUAGAUUUAGAGUCUCAAAUAUUUAUAAGUAGUAAUCAAACACCUAUACAUUCUGAAUAAUUAUAAUUUAUAUAAGGAGUAUUUGAUAAAUCAGAAGAAAGUGAAUAAUCAUUUGAUUUCAACAUUACUAAUGUAAAUAAUUAUACUAUAAAUUAUAGAUAGAAGGUGAUAAUAGAACAACUUUAAUGAUGAGAAAUAUUCCUUAAAAUUAUACAAAAGAGAUGUUGAUGAUGGAAAUUGAUCCAAAAUUCAAAAAUAAAUUUGAUUAUCUAAAUUUCCCAUUUGAUGGAAUUGUUAAUCCUGGUUAUGCAUUUAUCAAUCUUAAAUCAAAGUCUUAUCUUAAAGACUUUUAUAAUUAUUUUAAUGGCAGAAAAUGGAAGACUAAUAAUCCAUAAAAUAAAGUAAUUAAAUUUUUGUAUUUUAGCCUUGUUAUUUAAAAUAUGCUAAAAUAUAACAUAAGAAAUUUAAACAAAUAAAUCCAUAAAUAUAUUUACAAUAAAGCAGUGUUAUCAAACUUAUUUAAAGUUAGAAAUAAUAAUGCAAUUUGUGA